GGCAUGAUAUUCCCUAUAACCUCCWGUUCCUGUUCCUCCAGAGUCUACUAGUCCCAGUGAUAACUCCCUCUCUCCUCUGACUGACGAAACAACCAAACCUGAUGAUGAUGUUGUCUUCAUGUCGCCCAGCAAAUCCCGUACUACUGAAGACCUGUUCGCCAUGAUCCACAGGUCCAAGAGAAAAGUCCUGGGCCGUAAGGACUCUGGAGAGCUGAGUGGGAAGAGCCGUCUGUGUCCUCCUCCGGCUGCCGUCGUUCCCCCUGCAGCUAUCCUCCCAGCCAUCCCCCCUCCGCCCCCUCUCAUCAUCCCCCCCGCCCCAGCCCUCUCCACCCUGACCACGGCCGGGACCCAGCGCACCCCAGGACCCAUCUACCGCAGCGCCAAGAAGUCCAGCACCUCCAACGAGGAGUUCAAGCUGCUUCUCCUGAAGAAGGGCAGCCGGACUGAUUCCAGCUACCGCAUGUCUGCUACAGAGAUCCUCAAGAGCCCCAUCGCGCCGAAGUCCCCUGGGCACCCCUUGGCUGCGGAGGGCCAGGUCAGGUACCCCACCGAGGAGCCCCCCUCUCCCCUCCAGGAGCCGUCAUUGCAGGCGGCCGGGGAACAACUCUUCCCCCCCAACCUCUUCCCCAGGCCCAGUUCAGACAGCUUCAGCCCUAAAACACCCCCCACGUCGGCUUCGUCCAGACAGGGGCGCUCCCGGAUCCCCCCUGCAGCCAAUAGUAGUCGCUACAGCACCCGUAGCCGCCUCUAUACGGCACCCAUGCAGGUCAUAUCAGAGGGGGAGACUGAGAACUCAGAUGGGAGUCCUCAUGAUGAUCGCUCCUCGUAAAGAAAAUGGCAUGCUCAGUGCAGAAACAUGUACCCUAUUCCUUAUUUGGUGUACUACUUUUGACCAGGGUCCAUAUAAGGAAUAGGRUGCCAUUUGGGACGUAGACAUAUUUAUAUGGAUCUGGUUCAGUGCUGUUACUGUUCUUAUCUACUGAGUACUGAYGGAUACACAACUAAACAAAGAGUGGCUAACCAGAGAGAAGACUACUCUGGACUACCUGCCUGGGGAUUUGAUAUCUAUGUGCAGAACUGAAGAACACAACUUUGUGUUUUGUUCAGAGUGUAAAGAAAGAAAAAAAUAUCUUGUUUUGAACUUUGAACUCCCUUUUUAAAUAACCCAAGAUCCUGUAUUGAGUGAAACGUGGACAAGAGGAGAAAAAUGGAGCGGUAAGACAACCUGUGUGUGUGUUGAAGCAAAUGGAACAUCCAUCGUCAUUUUUUAUCUUCUUGGAUGUUGGAUGACUUGUAUGUCGUGUCCUAACGUGACCCUAAAAUAACUGCUUUCCAAAAKAAUUGCAUUUCUCUCUACACUUACCCAGAGGACAGGUCAUUAUUUCAACCAUAAACAAAAUAUUCCCAGUCGACAAAAAUGAAUAAGCUAUAUGUUUUGUAUUGCUACCGCCCCAACACAAAACAAUGGACCGUGAUCACUAUUGACAACCAUGUGUCGAAGCAUUGUUUUACCAAGAGUGAGUUAACAACACACAUAGGUCUACGUGCCAUCCUCACAUAGAUAAACUACAUGUAAAGAAAUAGGAAUGACCUUUGCCCCUAGAAGCGCUCUCAGUGCAGGGAUUCCUGGCAGGGACACAUAAGGUAAAUAUUUGGUCUUGUUGAAGUGAUUUGGUGCCGAUGGUGUCAGAAGAGAUGAUGGGACAGACGUGUUGUGGCCUUUCUGUGCUGGAGGGCCAAGCAUGCAGGGGAUUCACUGACUACUCCAGAGGAGAUAUUUUGGACUAUAAACAAAAGUGAAAAGCUAUCGAGGGUCUUUACUACUAAUGUUUGGCUAGCUAGCUGGGAGGGUGAAAUGAAUCGGGUUUUCAAAGCUUCUCCUUUGCACUUCGUCAUUAUGAAUUCUUCAAGAAUAUUCCUUGAGAAAAAUAAAACUAAUCUUAUAAUGGAAAAUUCCUAUUGUGUAUAUUUGUAUUGAAUAUAAAGAACAUAGCUAUAUGAAGAGACAUACRAAACUUUUUUUAAUGACACAAACCCAUCAUGUGUAGCAGAGUGGAUUGGUGACGUAGAAAUAGAAUAACUACAUUCUAGAAUGACUAGAUUCUGUUUCUAUGGGGGUGGGUGGGAUGCAAUCUUACCGUAGUUCCGUAACAUCAGUAGCCAGGGGCACGUCACAAAGCCCAACACAUUAAUCAUACAACCUUAUUAAGAGAAGCAACAAAUCAUCUGUCCUUGUGAAAAUAUCAGUUGAAUCUUUAAAAAAAAAAAGAUUUCACUCAAAUAUUACGCGUCUGUCUAGUGUUUUUCAGGGUUUUAAACGAAUUUAACAUAACAAAUGGGGUUAUACAUUUUAAGUAAUGACAUUCUGGUGAACAGACCAAUCUUGAAGAGUUGUGUUUCUACAUUGAAAAACAAACUGUAGAUCAAUGAAGUCAGUCAAUGUGUUCUAUGAAUACCUGUGCAACCAUAUUACUGUUCGUUUGUACAGAUCUAACAUAGAGAUACAUAGAUUAAAUGACAACUGUUACUCAGCGAAAUUUGAAUUGCAGAACUAACUGAACUGACACUGUGUACGAGGUUACAGGAGGAACAAGCUGUGAACUAAUUAGAAUUUAAAAAUGAUCUGUCAUGAAUUAAUAUCCGUUGCUGCAGAGCACUGUGGUGUUCGUUGUUUUAUUAGUAGUUUCAUCUAUCGCAUGCAAUAAACAAAAAAACACCAUAUCAUUUUCAAGAGGGGAAAUAUCUGUUAGAGAUACUACCACGAGAAAAGAUAUAGAAUUUUCAGUUUCAUUUUUGAAUAUGUAAAGUUGAGUGUAAUUCAAUAUAUGUACAAAAUGUUUGACAAUUCUGUUUUGUAUAGUUGUGUUCAUGGACAGGGGGGUAUCUUGUACUGUAAAAUGAACAAAAAAUUACUGGACAAUCAAACAGAGAAUUUUGGAAAAUGUAAGAAAGCUAUAAGAGUAUGGGAUGAGUAAGGGAUGAGUACGUUCUGGAGUUAGUUAUUACGUAGGUUCCAGUAAGGGAUGAUGAGUAGUCUUGGACUUAGUAUUACGUAGGUUCCAGGUAAGGGAUGAGUACGUUCUGGAGUUAGUUAGUAGGUUCCAGGUAAGGGAUGAGUAUGUUCUGGAGUUAGUUAUUACGUAGGUUCCAGGUAAGGGAUGAGUACGUUCUGGAGUUAGUUAUUAGUAAAAAGAUCCAGGGGGAAAUCCUUGUGAGAGUCAGAUGAAUUGAGCUUGAGACGGGACGGGAGGUAGGAUGGGUAUGUGCAUGCGUGUGCACUUGUGUGUGUAUGUGUGCGUGCGCAUCUGCGUGUGUGUGUAUGUGUUACGUGGACAGUGAGCAGAGCAGGUAGAGGUAGGGUCGUCGUUAGGUAGGGCAACGCACUACAAUUCCUCCCUGUACUCUUAGAUAAAAAGGUGCUAUCUAGAACCUAAAAAGGGUUUUUCGGCUGUCCCAAUAGGAGAACCCUUUGAAGAACCCUUUUUGU